GUGCCAGAUGUAGAUGUCAGCAAAACAGAACAUGUUAACGGAAAUGGAUGUCUGAUACAAUCUGAGAUUAUCCGAGUCAUCAAGACAGUAGAGUCCAAAGAUGGGGGAAAGUGUGCUAGUCCCGGCACUCUUAUUCUUGGCAUUGGCUGUGACACAAAACUUGGCUCAGAGAAAAACGGAGCCAUGUCCUGACAACAAACAAAGAUGUCCUGACACAGGAAACUGUCAAUAUACCUGUGAGAAAGCGCUGAAAGUCAAUAUAUCCGCUGCCCUGGUUGUGAAGGACCUCAUAUCGGCUGAGACCCCUGUGGAAUUUACCAUUCAAGAUUUGCUCAAAGAAGUUCAAUCUGUCAAUGUCCGUCAAGGUGCGAUGGUGAAGGUCGUGUGCCCGACGGACAGCACAAUCGUGAAGCAGGUUACUAAAGGUCGAAACACUAGCAGGCUAACAAAGGAUAAAGUGAUAUCAAUGGGGGACACUAUCAAGCUAUCAGUAGAGGCAAACCGAAGUCGAGAUCUACCGUCCCUGUAUAGAUGUUUAGUAACAACUAAACCAGAUACAACGAUCGACCCAGUGGUACAUUUCGGUCUUAUAGCAGCCAUCUUACCCCCUCUCGCAAAAACAGAUGUGAUCCUCAAAAACAUAACGCUGACAAGGGACGAGACAUUGUCACGUGUUCCCUUGUCUGCGUUAAUUCAGUUGCGCAGACCUGGGUUUGAUAUUGAUGUUGGAGCUUUUGCCGUUCGUGCCGAAGAGCAAUCCAAAGGCAUUAAACAGAUUGAGGAAUCGCCUGCAGUGGCUUUGUUGUUGAAGAAGUUAAGAGACACUCUUACUGAACACAAAGAUGUCACCAAAAACGUUGAACUUUUGAUACCCAAAAACCCCGGAAGUUUUAAUCUAACCUUUAGAGAUGCAGACAAGUCGUUCAGGUCUCUCACUGGAGCAAAGAUCAACAUUGGAGCCAUGCAAAAAACCUGGAUAUAUAUCGAUAAACCGAUCAGUGCUCCUAUUGGUUUGACAACACUUACUGUAACGACAUUCUCCAAGUUCGUCAGAAUUCCAAAAGGCUUGGCAAUAGGCAUCGAGGUCACAAAAAACAAUUUUCCACCCUUCCUCAAAGAAAGAAGGGCCAUGGAACCAAAGCUGCUUUCAUCGACAACUAAUUCACUCGAGUUUCAAUGCGGUAAACACGUACUGGACUUGUUUGAUGACAAGAACACGCAUGACACUCUCUCGUGUGUAAUUUUGUUUGCAACGUCCGCUUCAAAAGGAACUUGGAAGUAUCAAGAAAACAGCGAUGAAUGGAAAAACGUUCCUGUAAGACGCUUGGCCAAUACUAACGACACCAUUUCGCUGGAAGCUGUAGUAAUAAGUGAACAUGGCAAAUUUAAGUUCCUACUAGACAGCAGCACUCAAGAAAUGGAUUUCAAAGUCGCUGUACGAUACACGUCCAUAUUUUUCUUGGCUACAGACGGAACUAAUCUGCAGAAUCCGGAACAGUUUCCAUACAAAUUGAAUCUGACUCUCAAGAAGUGUGAAAAUGACCCCAAAUAUCCUUGUCUCCAUGGUCCAAAUACUGCAGUCUCGCGGAGAUUGGCUCAUUUGUAUGUAUACCCGCAAUGUUCAAGGAAUUGUGACAACGAAAUUGUCUGUGGAGAUCAAGUUUCAACAGAAAAGUGUCCCAAAUGUGGAAAAGGUACUCAACUGAACGAAUGCACCGAUACAUGUUAUGAUCCGCGAGAUCAAAACAAAAAGAUGGAGGGAAGGGAUUGCCGUGAAAAAUGCGAUUAUGGGGAUUAUCAACUUUAUACAAUACCUGGCGGAAACCCAAUGUGUCUACCAACUGGACUUACUGAUGCUGAGAUCCAACAGCACAUAUGUGUCAAUAUUAACAAAGGCGAGCUCAACAAAUGUCAACGAUGCUAUGGCGGUAACACAACCAAAACGAAAACAGAAGGCUUAGACAGGUGUGGGACAUGUGACGGGGAUGGCUCAUGUGUGGACAGUUGUGAUGGGAUCCCAAAUGGACCCAAGAAGAUCGACACUUGUGGUCGAUGUCUGGAUCAAAAAUCAACGGAUUUCAACUCUAAAACUGGUUCAACUUUAAAACUCGGUACAAUUACACCUGACAAAAUUGUUGCGGUUGGGAAAAUCACAUUCGAGAUUACUGGUUGCAAUUUUCACUUACUGCAAGGAGCACCGACCUGCUCAUUGAAAAAAGGAGAUAUUGAGAUACAACUAGAAACCGAAUUCGACUCACCAAAGUUAUUUGCUAAACAAGAUAUGACAGGUGUUGACACAGGCGUGUACUCGCUGCAUUGUGUGCGUAAGGCAAGCAAAGUACCUACGUUAGAAGGAAUCGACGUCACGGUGUUUGCUACGCCUUCCAUAUCGAGUAUUAACCCUUCUUCGACCAACAUACAAAAUGAGGUUAACGUAAAUCUGUGUGGAUCCGACUUGAAUUCUGACACAGGAAAGCUCAAAUGCGCAAUGACAUGCCCGUUCCCCUUGGGUUCAAAAAUGGCACAGAGAAGCUGUUUAGUUAAUCGUGGCGAUCGCUAUAUCAUCAUGGACGCCAGUAUUACCAUGAACGCUUGUGUGCGAUGUCACUCCGCUGACGUCUUUAAAAGAAUUUAUGAACCAGGACAACUUCAAUUGGCGGUUUUGUUGGAAAAGCAGAUGUUGUCCUCAUUUCAAGACCUCUCGCCAGCGACGAUAACAGUCACUGCUGGUGCCCCAAAUCUACAACAGGUCACCUUUGAUGCCUUCUGCAAGUUAAUACUCACAUUUGAUAGACCUGUCGUCGGGCCAAGGAAGGCAUCUCUACUAUUCGUACCUGCGAUCGAUUCUAAGAUUUACUACAAAUCAAAACAGCUUAUAGUCAAAUUGGAAGACGCCCCAAUGUUUCAGGAAGGUGAAAAUAUAACUGUGCGUCCGGGUUUAAUAAAGCAACGGAGCAUGCAUUCAGAACACGCAAAUGCUAAUGCAGAAUUUUCCUUCAUAGUUCCACCUCCAGAGGAACCUCCAGAAGUGAAAAUACUUUCAAGAUCUCUCGGCAACUUAACAGAAUGUCAGGAAACGGUGUUGUCAAUUAAAAUAAAGGGCGUUGGAUCGUGCGUCAAAUUGGCAUACAGUUGGAGCGUUAGUAUGGUCGGUGGAGGUACUGAUCAAGAAUUUUCCCGAAAACUUGGCAGAACAACAACUAAACGCUUAAGGAUAGGCAAAGGAGAUGUAGUACUCGGGAACAUGUAUGAGAUCACUGGAAAAGUGGAUACACCUGCAUUAGAAGCUAAGUAUAUCAUUGAAAGAGUAGCUGAGGAGAAGACAAUUCUUGUGUGGCUUAUUUCCCGACGGAAUCACAAGCCGACAAAGAGUACUGUGUUUAAAGCUCGAGUGUCAAUGAUUACAUGUGAUGCAACUCAAUCAAUUAUGGAAGAAGAGGAGUCUUUUAAGUUUAGAUUUAAUCUCAAGAAUGAUAGAAACAGAACAAUCCUUUCCAGCAAAGAUCUCCACUCAGAUGAGUUCGUCAUACCUAAGGGAACUCUGACGGGCGGACAAGUAUAUAUCAUAAAUGUAACAGUUUACUACGGAGACAACAAAGCAACCGCUCAAAAACUUUUACGAUUACCAGUCAGUGAAUUGGAGAUGUACAUCGAUUAUGACGCCCAAGUGAAUGUGAACAAAAAAGUUGAAUUCAACGCGAAACUCAUCGACCCCAACAACAGCCCCCAACUACCGCUAUUUACGUGGACAUGCAAACAGGAAAUCCGAAAGGGUAUUUUGCAACUGUGUCCUAAAUCACUCGCAGAUAUCUUCAUCGCCACCGCAACUGGCGUAUUAUCAAUUCCACCAGGAACGAUGAUGUCAGAUUCUUGUUACAACGUCACUGUAGUAGCUGAGGCCGGGCGGAAAAUAAUAAAGAAAACUGCAAAAAUGUGCGGUGUUGAACACGACCCUCCAAAGGUUCGAUUAGCAUUAGGAGGCAAACCCUGUGAGCAUUGUCCAUUGAACCUGGAAAUACGUUUGAUAAACCAGGGUCCAGUCGCCAUUACAUUUUCUUGCACUUAUGAAAAGGAUGGUGAUUGUGACGGUUUCAACGUCCAAAAAACGACGUUUAGUAAACCCUACAGGGGUAAAAUAAGACAGAGGAUUGAAUCCACCACGGGGAUGUGGACACCGGGCAAGUAUAGUAUUGACAUCCAUGUGACUUCAAAGAACAAACCAGACCUUGGAACCACUGCCUCUUUAACAACAGAAGUAUUUCAGCGACCUAGUUUGGGUACUUUUCAGAUGAAUCCUGCAAAAGGAAAGGCAUUAAAUACAACGUUUACCCUCGACAUUAAUACAGAAGAUUACCUCGAUAACUAUGAGAUUUAUUAUCGUAAGAAAUCACAGCCAGACGACCGCCUUAAGUCAAUUGGUAUACUAAUAGAAGAGAGUAAUAGUCUUGAAUUCAAAUUACCACCAGGUGAACUUGAUAUCAUGGUCAGAGGUUGUAAGGAAGACAGAUGCACAGAAAAGGCAUUGGAUGAAGCAGUAGAUGUUAGCGAAAUUUCAGAAGAGGACGCUCUUAAAGUCUUAACAGAUCUGCAAGACCCAAAUGAUCUUAUUGAGGCUACAGCCAUAAUGGUUGGUAGUGGUAACCGUUUCACUCCAAGUCCGGAAUUAAAAAAAAACCUAGAAAGCGCUACAUUGAAACUCGCCAAUGAGAUUUCUCCAGAAAUCUUCGAAGAAUCUGUGGAGAAGAUCGCCAAGCUGUUAGACGUGUUACCCAUCGUGCAAAUGGUAGAAGAUUUAAAGAAAGCUGUGUUUGAUGGACUGGAUAAACUGCUUCGAGAUCAAACUGAUGCUUCAAGACGAAAGAGAUCUGUAGACGAUGCCAUCGUACAACUACUUACUGUCGAUCAAGCUCAAACAAUGCUCCUUGCCCUUGUAAAUUUAUUCCAAAACGUUUCCGAAAAUGAUAUCACUGAGGCAGAUGGUGAGCGAUUUGUGGAUGACAUGGAAACGAUUGGAUAUCGUUCAUGUGCUAACAAGGAGGUUGUGUAUCCCGAUAGUGACCCGGUAUUUCUAAACACAGGGGAUGUUCUGCUCAAAGUCCACGAGCUAUUGAUUGAUGAUGACGGAUUCGCUAUACGCAAUCACAAUAUGACAUGUACCAACUGUUCUGAAUACACCAACAAAACAGCCCUGGUAACAUUUGGUCAGUCAGUUACGGAUAAACUCCAGUUGUGGAACUGUACGGAUGAAAUAACAUGUACCUCGGCAUGUUUCGUGACAGCCAUGAUGAAGAAAGACUUUCUGAGUGCAGGAAUGGGCAGUAUAGCUAAACUUGAUUAUAACAGUUCUGCACGCGCCAGUGACAUUAUCGUUGUGCUUGCGGCAAGUCCAGAAACGUAUCAAGAACUGACACUUCACCCUUUCCAAAAUAGAAUGAAGCUAACCGUCCCUGUGUUUACAAAUGCACACGAACUGAUGUCUCACUCCUUGCAGUGUAACGCAUGGGUUGACAAAGCCUGGUCAGCCGAUUCCUGUCUGACAAGCGAACCCAUGAUGGAAUCGGAUGGAACAUAUAGAGUUGUCUGUUCUUGUGUUGGUUUCGGAUAUUUCAGUGUUAUGAAAGAACAAAUUGAUGAGAGCGUCACUUCUACGACAAGUUCCACCUCAUCAAGUGAAAGUUCCACCUCAUCAUGGGAAAGUUCCAGCUCAGCAAGCGAGAGCUCCACAUCAGCGAGUGAAAGUUCCAACUCAUCAAGUGAUUGUUCCACUGUAGCAAAUGAUGGUUCAAGUACAGCUACAACAGUUACAACUUCAGCCACUACAGUUCGUUCGGCAGUCAAAAAAGAAAUCAAAUUUAAAGUCAGUGGAUCUUUGACUCAACUUACUGGAAGCACAAGCUCAGCUGACGUCAAUGCGAAUUUAACAAACCAAAUCGCUGAACAUUUAGGAAUAAGCUCAAAUCGGAUACAGGAUUUGGAAAUGCAGCAAGAGACCGCUGCACGACGAAAGAGGUCAAGUGGCCAAGGAUCAAUCAUCGUGACGUUUGUGUUAGUGGCUGGCGGGUCACCGUCAGAAAUGUCGGUAAAUGACUUAGAAAAUAGAUUGAGGAAUGCCAUCGUCAGCAGUAACUUGACGCUUACCGAUAUAUCAGGAAACUCCUUAACUGUUGACCCAACAUUCUUCCAGUCCAGGUUUGUCCGUGCGCCUCCUGAACCGGAAGAGGAGAAAAAGCAAAAGUUAAUGCCGAUUAUCAUAGGAGCAGUGGUCGGUGUCCUCUGCCUGGUCCUCAUCGUCAUCAUCAUCGUCGUAGUAUUGAAGAAGAAGAAGAAGAGAAGCAUUAUCGACGAUACCCCUAGUCCAUCGGUAACGCCCACUUUCAUGUCUGCGUCUUCACUGAACGGUGACAAACAGACCAAAAAACCAUACGUGUAUGGCGUAUCAGCAAGCCCACUGCCGGAAAAGCCUGGUGCUGAACAAUUGUAUGGCGUCAGCAACCAAAGAUAUGUAGUUGAAAACGACAGUGGACCGAGCACCAGCACAACUCGGACCAACUCGCCGAGGUCAAAGCCCAACUCUCGCGCAGCAACGCGAUCUGACGUAGCGCUUUCCCGCGAAGGAACUGCAACAUCACAUGGCAGUCAGCACGACAGUCCGAGGCGAGACAUGACGCCCAUCGGAUAGGCGACAAGGAUGACAAAAAUAACGGGUAAACCUUGAACAAGGUCAACACAUGAAACGGUUUAAUUUGAAAUUAAUCAAUUAAGAGAAAUUGUCUUAAUGAAGCAUACCAAAUACGAUAAAUAAUGUCACUUUUUGUCAAUACAUUUUGUACGCUACAUUAUAUUUUGAUACAUUCAAAAAAAAAAAACUCAAGAACAAUUCAACCAUAAAAUACGUCAUUGUGUAUUGACCGGAGAGUAACAAAGAAUUUCCAUCCAAUAACAAUGCUCGGUUUUCCUGACACAGUAAGAGGACUCGAACUAGACCUCUCAAUUGCUACAUGUACAUAUAUAAUAUUAUUUCAAAUUUUGUUAAAUCAUGUAAAUUUUCCUACACAGCAUUUUGCAGUUUGGUACAAAUUGGGGAACACAACUUUGAUUUUAGAAGCAAUCCAAUUUACUUAAAAUUUCACCUUUUUGAAUAGUUUAUAUUUUCGUUAUUUUGAGGUAGAGAUAUUUUUGUAAACAAAAUAGAUUUAUGAAAACAUUCGGGUUUUUUUAGAUAAAAGACACAAUCGUUCCGUACCCUUUUAAAUUACAGCUUCGGUCAAUAUUUUUUGAUACGUGUUUAAGAAUUGCAGAGAAAAAAAAAGAAUUUAAUAUAAAUAUUAGGUAUGUAGUGAAAGAGAUGAUUUUUUUUAUACUAUUCGCUUUUCUUUACCCUUUUAGUUAUUUCUUAUAUUUGUCGUAUACCAUGUGAACAAUUAUUUUAAAAAGUGGUUUUACAUCUAAUUAACAGCUAAAUAUGCCAUUUUGUGUAAAAGAUUCAAAGAUUUUUUUUCCAAAUGUGAUUUUGUUAAUACUUAAACAUUUUCUAACCAUUAUUUUGAAUUGGAACUUCCAAAUUUGCUGUAACACGUGUAAAAUAUUUUAAAAUACCCGGACUAUUUUUGUACAUUUUACCAAAAAAUCCAGUUUUACAAAUGACUGGUCAUUGUAAUACAGCUGUAAAAUGAUAAUGUUGAAGUAAACUUAUGUUUUAAUUAGUGCAAUAGUUUAUGAUGAGUACAUUUACCACGAUUACGUCAUACUUUAUGUUUCUCUAGUAGCGAUUCUUCACUGUUCUUCUAACCCCUUAGGGUCCCAAAUAAAAGUCGAAAGCAUAAAAUUCCUCAAAUAAAGUCUAGCUCAUUAUUGAAACCCGCGCGGGACGUUAGUCUUAUUUUAGAUAUGUGUUCAAGUUCAUGGUGUGAAACGAAAAGUAUUCAGAUAUAAAAAGACUGUUUAUUUCGUAAUAGAAAUGGCCAUCUUUAUUUGUAAUAGUUUAUUUAACCAAAUAUGAUUUUUUUAUUAAAAUAGUUUUAGAGGUUAAUUCCAGAUACAGACAUAUAUAUAUAAUUUGACUGCACAAACCAAAGACUAAAUUUCUAAACCACACUUAUAUUUCACUAAAGACUGCGUUCAAAUUUGGGGUAAGUUUUCUUUACGAUAUUGGCAUUUAUUCAUGAUAAUGCUAUAAACUGAUUUAGCGAAACGAUUUAUUGACUACCUAUAUAUUUGUAAAAGUAAAAUUGAAUUUGUAUAUGAAUCAAACAGAAUUGUGUAAAUGUAUGCAUAAGGGCACUGGGUGAAUAAAUACUUCAUUUU